CCUAUAAUUUUUUUUCCGAAACAUCGCAAUAGUUUUAAGUAUCUAUAAUAGAUUGUUCCGGAUGUUUAUAUAUUGUUAUAAACCUGGUGAUGACACGGAUGGGGGUAGUGCUGUGUGUGUUCUUAGCCUACCCAAAUCGCCCCUGUCCAGCGCAGGACGAGCGGUCAACUGUGACCAGUGACAGUACACGCCAGUUCGGUAACGACCUGUGUGUAAAUAUUACGCACGCAAGUCACGGCGAUUGUGAUCAUUCUGAGUGGUCAAGAACGUUCCAUCCGAUUCUAGAAGGCCAGUAGGGACACUAUAUAAGAGCAAGUGUGUUUGAGUCAGGACACUUCACGUUACCUCGCAAUGUGACCAGUACGAGGCGAAGUUAGAAACAGCACGUCAGGCGGAGCAAGGCUAGGUUUUUGGACAGUUAGUGUAAUGUUUUUGCCGUUUGUACAGUGUUGUAAUGUAUUUGAAAUUAAAUUGCUACUGUUACUUUGGAGCCCUGAGGUGUGAGGUUCUUUAAGUUCAUUGUGUCGUGUGGUGCAGUUUGAAGAGAGCCUGGAUAGUAGGAGAGAUAUGUUACAACUGUUGUCAGAAGUGGGAUCGGAUCUACUAUGGCUCGUCUAAAACUUCUGUAUGAAUUUGAAAUGAAAGAACUGAGGCGAGAUUUCUGUGAUCGAGGGCUGAAGGCAAUCGGAAAGAAGGAAACCUUGCAAGCACGCCUUAGAGAAGAACUAAUUGAAGAAGGUGAAGAACCGAACACCUACCUGUUCAAGGUAGAACCCGAUGUAAGAGAGCUAUUGAUCACCUUUCAAGAACAGAUGUUGGCUGGCUUCCAGAAUGUGAUCAACGGUGACUUACAGAAAGAGACAGAGGAAGAAGAAAGAGAACACGUCUACAUUGCAACUGAAGCUUGUGCUGCAGACGUACCUGACAUGAGUGCCCCCAUCAGCCAGAUAGAACAAGACAACGUUGUGUCUUACCCCAAGCCUGUAGCUGAGGACAUUAAAGACAUCUGUCAAUUUACCAGUGCUGAUGAGAUUAACUCAAAUCCUGACGGCUGCACCCAGAUGUUUGGCACGAACUUCACGUGUCGAGCUAUUACACUAUUAUGUCCCUGUUCCUCGUAAUGGCCUCCAUGUCAUCAUAACUCUUGGUAUGCGUAAUUCAUUUUGUCGGAAAACAUGUCUCGCAAACCUUAUGCGGCGCUCUGUCACAACCUCACUAAGUUGUCGACUCCCAGUUCGGCAUAGGAUUUCCAUGAUUGAGACCCGGUCUCUAAAAUCCGUCUUCGCCAUUUUUGUUGAGCCACGUUUAGUCUUUUUUUAAAUUUCGGCAGAUGACUUCCAUGUUAU